AGCUGCCGCUGCAUGACUUUUCAUCCAUGCUUUAAUGCCCGGAUCUGCAUAUUUUUGUGUCUGUUGAAAUAGCCCUAUUCUUUCCUUUGGAACUUCUAUAUAGGUUGCACAAAGGUCCAGCAUGGGAAUUAAGUCACCCCACCAUCGUGGAUGGUGGGCUCCAUGUCAUUGUGGCAGGAGCUGAUCACGUUUGGGUAGACAAAAUUAUGCGUUCCAUAUCACAUGGUCGCUUUAGGAUGCCAUUGCCACAAGGAUGGAGAUCUCUACCCCAUAAAAGACUGCACCUCAAAUUCUUGUAAAGAUAUGUAAGGGUCCAUUCUGGAAAGGGAGCCAACAGAGCCAACCCGAUCAUAGUAGCGGAUUUAAAUGGCUGUAGGCGUGUAAGCGGUAUUCCUUCGUCAAGAGUGAGGAUUGAUUAAUAGAUUUUAGGGUAUCAACCUCGAAAGAAAAAGAACUGUAGGUGCAUGUGGGACUACUUCGCCGUCUGUGUCUAAAAUCAUCUACUCAUAGUGAUAGCCAACCUUCCGUGAUUGUUUUCACUAUCUCUUUCUUUCUUGAAUUAAGGUUUAGUUUGGUGAGCUUUAGAUGGAUUCUUUGAUUAAUUAUUCUCUGUGUUUUCGUAAAUCCAGGAAUGUAACUUUUCAAAAGCCAAAGCUGAGCCUUGAAAAGCAAAAGCAAGAAGGGAAACCUUGAUCCCCACAAAACAUUAUUAUAAGCUUUAUUCAUGCAAAGGGGUCUCAAAUCUCUCUCACAGGGCCCCAGUUUGAUCCACUCCACUCUCCUUUUUCUGUUCACUUUUCCUUUCCUCUUAGCCUUUCCAUCAUGCCUUCCACUGUUUGCUGUUUGACAACCUUGUUUCAUCAUUCCCUGCCAGCCACUUUUAAUCUUUGAUUAGUAUUGUAAGUUUAUAUAUAAUUGAUGUAGCUAUACAUUUAUUAAACUAAUCAAAACCAUUGAAAUUGUUCUGCAGACAAUCAAGUAUGAAAGGUCUGAGGACAGCAAUGCAAAGUAGAAAAUAAACUACAUGGAUCAAUGGGGUUGAUCACAUCUUGGAGCCUGGAAGAAACACAAACUCUUACAGAGACCUUAUAUGUGACACGCAUGCCGCUGAAAUUUCCAAAUUGAGCUACUGUUCAACUCAUCAAAAAUUGGCUGAACCACAGAAUAUGUGUGAGGACUGCUUGGCAUCUCGACCAAGCUAUGAUGGCAGCUUCCUUGGAAGCACGCAGAGGAUUGCUUUUGUUUCACGGCUGAGUGAGAACCACGGUGAAAAUGGUACAAAUAUCUUCAUGUGUUCAUGCUGCAACAAGAACUUGAGCUGCAAACUGUGUCCUCCUUCUUGGCCUUCUUGGGGUGCUUUGAAUCACAACCAGAAGGACGAUUUGGUCAUAGAAGAAGUGGAUGAUGACAGCAAUGAAGGAGAGUACAAAGAGCUAAGCAGAUCUUAUUCUUCUCCAAGUCACAGAGAAAAGGACAAUGAGAUCCAUAAAAAAAACUGGGAAGAAAAUCAAUGUGAUGAAGGGAUAGCAGAUGAGCAUCAGAUACAUUCUGAUUUUGGAGGUUCUAGCUUCGUAGAAGUGGUACAGGAGGAUGGUUCAAUGAUAUUGAAGGACUCUACCGAGCAGGACUCCGAUGAUACCAGUUUUGUUCAUCGAGCUUGUGAUAAUUCUACCAUACAAUGUUUCCCUGAACAAGAUAACUCUUGCGAAGUGAUCAGUAUGCAUUGCAAGAACUAUUUUGCUUGCGAGUUAAAUCGUUUAAUACCAGUGGAGUUGAUUGAUUCUUCGACUACUGCAAACCUAGGAUCAUGCAACUGGAGAGAGGAAGAUCUGAGAAAGCAUGAUCGACAGAAUAGAGCUUCUGAUUCUGAGGCACGAAUUGAAACACAGUUCAAUGUCACAACGGAGGCAGCAUUUCUCACGAUAAAUGAGUGUCCAAAUAGGGCAACUAAAGAAGAACUCGAAAGCUUUGAGAUGGCUGAGUUUGAUACCGACAAUUAUUUUACGGAAGAGGUGGUAGAAAGAAAACAAGAUACGGUCUCUGAGGCAUGUAGACAAGUUGAUACUACUGAAGAACCUCAAACUUUAUCCCUCGCCGAAGAAGUAGCUGGGAAAGAACCAGAUGAUCCACCAGGAGCAUGUGGAGCAGAAAUAAACAGCAUAAAUCUCUUGUCCGAUCAAAGUUCAGCCAAGACCGCCAUAGUCACAGAAAAGUCGGACCAUGAAGCUGAGACUCAAGCUGAAGAGCCAGUUUCUUCACUGACAUGCCAACCAGAAGAUCAGGCUUCCACUAAUGACGAUGUUGCUGAAGUUUCCACCACCCCUGAUGCAUUUAUGGCUCAGGAUGACCUUGGUCUAAGUCCUAUGGAGAAAACUACCCAGCACGAAAAAAUAAUUUUGGUUGAAAAUGCUCAAGAAGGGACAAACAAUCAUGGAUCCUUUCCUUCAGAGCCUAACGAAGCAGAGGAUGAGAAAUGUCCCGAUACACCAAAUUCGGUUGACAGCCUCCAUUACUCGCAAAAGAAACUAUUGCUGUUUGAAAAGAGAGAGUCAGGAGCUGAAGAGUCUUUAGAUGGAAGUGUGAUAAGUGAGAUGGAAGGUGGUGAUGCAGUUACCACCAUUGACCGGCUGAAAGCAGCUCUAAAAGCCGAGCGAAGAAAUUUAAGUGCUUUAUAUGCAGAACUAGAAGAAGAGAGAAGUGCAUCUGCAAUAGCUGCUAACCAGACAAUGGCUAUGAUCACCAGGCUUCAAGAAGAGAAAGCAGCAAUGCAGAUGGAAGCAUUACAAUACCAGAGGAUGAUGGAAGAACAAGCUGAAUAUGACCAGGAAGCGUUGCAACUUUUAAAUGAGCUCAUGAUCAAGAGAGAGAAGGAGAAGCAAGAACUUGAGAAAGAAUUGGAAUUACAUCGUAAGAAGGUCUUAGAUUAUGAGGCGAAAGAGAAGAUAAGAGUGACAAGAAGAAUCAAACAUGGAAGUUUAAGAAGCAGAAACUCUUCUGCUUCUUGCAGCAAUGCAGACGAAAGUGAUGAAUUAUCAAUUGAUCUAAAUCUUGAAGCGAGGGAUGAAGACAGUAGCUAUUCCAGCCAUCAAGCUACCAGUCAAAACAAUAGUCCUGAUAAAGCAGUUUUGAAUUUGGAGGAAAUGGCACUUGACUGUGUGAAGCAUAUGAGUGCUCUUGAUGAAUCAUUGGUAGAAUUCGAGGAAGAGCGGCUGUCCAUUCUAGAUCAGCUCAAAGCACUGGAGGAAAAGCUUAUCACAUUGGGUGAUGAUGAAGGAUAUUUUGAAGAUGGGAAAUCAAUUGAGCGGUCCUCGACAUAUGGUGCCAAGGAGUUUGACGAUCACGUCUUAACUAGUCCAGAAGAAAAUGGGGUUCCAGGGAAGCAUUCCUCACUGUAUGUUGUCAAAGAGGUUGACAAGCAUGACUUUACCAGUCCUGAAGAAGAUGGGAUUUCAUUUGGGUUUUCGAAGGAUAAAUUUUAUCCAGAGAGAAAAACCAUGGAUUCAAUGGCAAAGAGUCUCCUUCCUCUCCUAGAUGCCACUAAUAACAAAAAUGAAGAAGGGUUGUUAUAUGAAGCAAAGGGUGAAUCCGAAUAUGUUGAAAUGCAAAACUCCUUUGAAUCCCAUUUCGAACUUGAUGUAAAUAAACUAGCCAUUGAAGAUGAGGUGGAUCAUGUUUAUGAGAGGCUGCAAGCACUUGAAGCGGACAGGGAGUUUCUAAAGCAUUGUAUGAGCUCCAUAAAGAAGGGAGACAAGGGAGUGGAUCUUCUUCAAGAAAUCUUACAACAUCUUCGCGAUCUGAGGGCUGUUGAGAUUCGUGUGAAGAACAUGAAUGAUGAUACUCUAGGGUGAAAGUGCAGUAACCUGCCACAAAUGAGAAGACAACAGAUGCUUUUCUCAGAGAUGAUCAGUAGGCUGAGUCUGCAGAUGUAAGGUGGUUAAAGAGAUCACACUUCAUACUGAGCACGAAAAAAAGCUCAUCGAAAUAUAUGCUUUCUGGUGCCAGGAAAUCUCUUGAUGGAGAAGGAGAGUCCUGGUAUGGUUUUUUUGAAUUGGUGCAUGAGAUUCAGCUACCGAAUUGAAGUCUGCCUCAAAUUUCUAAUUUCUUCUUUUGCUACAAGUUUGGUGCAAAGCGUACGUAGAAUUUUGUGGUACCUCCUCACUACGAGUUUUUCCCAAGCGACCGUGAAAGAUGUACAUUAAGGGAGUGCAUCUUCUCUGCCUGACCUCAUGAUCGUGUAGGUCAGGGUAUGCACUUCAAUUGUUUUUGGAUAGUUUCAUUCCUGUUUCUUUCUUACAGGAUGUGAGAGAGGAGAUCAUCUUCAAGGAGAAGGCUUGAAUUUUUCUUGUCCUGAUCUUUUGGUCCGUUAAACUUUGCAUGGGUUUUCAGCAUCCAGGCCGGGCUGUAAUUUAUUUGUAUAAACAAGCAUCAGCUGUGUCUAUAUUUGUUAGUGAGGGUUGUCAUUAAUGUUCUAGCAGCUCUUAUAUCUUUCCAUUUGUUAGUUGGUGGCAUUAACUCCUUUGCAUGGUGUGUAGUGAAAAUCUUGUACUGCACAAAGUUUAAUUGAGGGAUGAUACGUUCUUGAA